AUGCAUUCCAACACUGCUGUCAUCGCCCUUUCUGCCCUCGCAGCUCUCGUCCCAGCUGCUCUUGCUGGUGGAAACCUUGGCACUGCCAACGUUCAGAACGCCUGCGGGAAAGAUGUCUACCUCUGGUCCAUCGCUGACUCUGCUGGAGAGAAGAUGAUCACCCUCAAGGACGGCGAAACUCACUCCGAGCAAUACCGCGCCAACAGCAAUGGGGGUGGCAUCUCCAUCAAGAUGGCCACCAACCCGGACCACAAGGAUAUUUCGCAGUUUGAGUACACAGUCUCAGAGCCUCAAGUCUUCUACGAUCUAUCCAACAUCGAUGGCUACCCAUUCGUGGAGGGUGGCGUCAGCAUCCACCCAUCCGACUCCAGCUGUCCCGCAGUCGUCUGUGAGGGAGGAGUCAAGGAGUGCAAGGAGGCCUACAACCAGCCCAAGGAUGACCACGCUACUCACGGCUGUCCUCAGGAGACUGACCUCAAUGUUGUGCUCUGUGCUGGUGGUGGCUCUGCCGGCCCCAAGAAGAUGUUCAAGCCUGUCCAGGAGAAGGCUGCCAACCGCCCUCGCCACCCACAUGCUCGCCCAGAGUAA